AUGCCUUCUCUCUUGCUGCAGGUGGUAGGUGGCAAAGUGAAGAAGCCAGGCAAGCGGGGCCGGAAGCCAGCCAAGAUUGACCUGAAAGCCAAACUGGAGAGGAGCCGACAGAGUGCCCGGGAGUGCCGUGCCCGGAAGAAGCUCAGAUACCAAUACCUGGAGGAGCUGGUGUCCAGCCGAGAGCGGGCCAUAUGUGCCCUCCGAGAGGAGCUGGACAUGUACAAACAGUGGUGCGUGGCCAUGGACCAAGGAAAAAUCCCUUCUGAGAUCAAGGCCCUGCUCACUGCAGAAGAGCAGAGCAAAUCUCAGCAGAGCACCAGCAGGCUCGGCAAGACCGGCAAGGCAGACGCCGCCAGCAAUUCCUGGUGAAGGUCUGUGAGGAGAUCUGAUCGCCACCCCAGGCCUUGGGUCCGACUCUGAGAGUGUGCGGCAUCUGCCAGUUGUGCAAGCGAGCGUGGAUCACAGAUCAGAGCGUAGAGUUUCUGCUCUAACCCAUCAUGCCCACCACGUUCAAGUGUGGCGAUGCUCGAACACCGGGAAUAGAAAACGGGUGAAGACUGGGCCUUGGUACCUGCACUCCACAUGGCUUCUUUGGUUAAUUGAUGUUCUUUCCACGUAAUUGUGUGCAUGGGCGCAGUGCGUGCAUGUGUAUGUACAUGUGUGUGCGAGUUUGGGUGUCACCUCCUCUCCUUUUGGUCACCCCACAAAGAGAAACCAAACGGGCUGAUGACGGACUAGGUGCUGGGUCUUUACGUUGACUUGAGUCACAUGUAUUUCUGGCUCCUGUCAGCCGUUCCAACGUAAGCAUUAGUGAAUCUACAGUCUCUGUUGUCACAAUCUACACCUGUGCUCCACAAUGCACAUAUCAGCAAAACCCACCGAGGAGGCCCCGUGGCAGCCCCCGUCUGGGCAACUGCUGUCUUCCCAGCUAUACUUAACGAUUUUGCCGCAGCCACGUGGACACGUGGAGAGUAGUGAUCACAUUUGAUUUUUAACCAAAGCAGCCAUCAGUCACCCACAGUGUGUAUGUGUGUGUGCCCGUCUGUGUCCAGAGGACUGGCCUGCUUGUGUUCUCAGUUCAGUGAGAACUUUCUGAAGAAGAUGGAGAAGCAGAUGUUGAGACUGAAUCUUGCUAUCUGGGGCAGAGCCAGGCUGUGUUCCUCUCCCCUCCCUCCCCCUCCCCUCCCCUCCUGCAGGCACUGGAAGAAGCAGACUCAGCCUGACCCGUCCUGUGCACAGUCCACACUCAGAUCACUGGUGAGCGUGGCCAGCAGGUCCAGUUUCUGCAUUGCGUUCGCAGGAGAUUCAUGUCUUCCUAGGGCCGUGCUGGAGACAGAAUGGAGAUGGCUGACCGUGCUCAAGGAUGCGGCUGAUGAUUUAAAGGCGGCUUCGGAUUGUCCACUGGUCAACUGUGGUCUGUUCUUGUUCCUCUGUGCUGCCCG